AUGGGCACAAUCAUCAUCACCAGAGCCAACGGCUCUCUGGCCGUCCCGGCAGUAGAGCACCUUCUUACGAAUGCGUCAGACUCGACUCUAGUGCUGAAGGUGCGCACUACGGGACGUGAUUGCCAAGCACCCGACGCGCGCGUGUCGAUUCGAGCCCUCGGCCUCGCCCACCUCGACGCUGCCUACACGUUUGUGCGAGCCAUCGCGACCGAGGUGGCCCAGGGCACGCUGCCGCCGCUACAGAGCAUCGUCUGCAACGCCUACUACUGGAACCUCGCCCGCCACCAGGAACAGAACAGUGCUUCUCUGGCCGGGAAAGGACGGGGUGAUGUAUUAUCUCAAGAGCCUGCUUGGUCGAGCUUGAGCGGUGGCAGCUGA